AGAGAGGACAAGGUGAAAUCACUGCCAGCGUGAUUACACCUCCAAGGAUUGUUUAAUAGCCUCACUGGCUGUAUUUAUCACAUAGGAGGAGAAGUCAACGAGCGGUCUUCACCCGGAUACAUGCAAUCGUCCAUCGGGUUGUUAUGCCUGGGGGGCGCAGCUGGAAGACGCGGUGACGCUCCAAUUCAAUUGCCACGCACGGGGGGUUGAGGAAUAGCUGUCAAUUGCAUGGAUAAGAGAAAAGAUGGGGGAAUGCACCAUCCAUCCUCAUUUCGGAGCACACGUGCUUAACCCCAUCACCUCAGCCUGGACAUUGACUGAGCCCCUGCCCUCUUCUAUUUGCGCCCAAGCCGUUUAUGCGUGCCAUGAUUAAGACGCAUGACGUCUAAUAUUAAACCCCAAGAGUGUGUGCAUGUGUGUGUUGCCACAUAGGCUACAAGGAGAGAGAGAGGGGGAGAUGCAGAGGAAGAGGGAGAGAGAUAGAGAGAGCAUGGACACAGAACACAUGCCUUCUUUUUCUCCCCUCAAGCCUCUUGCUAUCUUUGCAGACAAUCCCGACCGUCGUUAAUUAAGACAAAUGUGCGCCGCGGCUCCGCGGAUAAUGACCGGAGCGCCUGGAUUUCUGCACACAAGGAGAAAACUGCGGGCCAUGGCAUUGACGGUACCCGCAUUGCAUCACGGACACGACACCCGGUACCCCGCUGUCUCCCUCCCACCUCAACUGGAGCCGAUGAGGAGACUGUAGCAUCUUAUCACAGAGUUUCUUUGCCUCAUAGUCCCAUGCAGCCGCGCACUCAGGCGGCCGGCUGUUUGUCGCUCCUGGUCUCCAAAGCCAGCCAGCAGCUGCCUGCUCCGCUGUGCGCAAAACCGGUAAUUACGCGCCGCGUUGACAACUUUGGCGCGGUGCUGUUUGGAUUGCGCAUCAGCAGCGGGCCGGUUUCUGGGAUCUACCGGCGGAGUGAAGUGUGAUUUCUCCGGGAGUCAUCUGCUGCCCGAUCACAUCAUUGAUUAAGCGUGCGCUGCAACCUGUAGCUGUGUGCCCUUUAUUCCAUUAAUUGUUCCGCCUAGGCACAAUGGAGGGACGCAGCUGACGGUUUUGAAUCCGUAGCCCGAGGAGGAAAGAAGAAAAAAAGAGGAGGAAAGCAGACUCAGGGGAAACCAUGUAUGGGCGGUACACCCAGGAGCUGGGUGUGUAUGCCAAGGAGGAAGCAGCCCGCCUACGGGAUGGAGGAGUGCGGGAUGGUGGAGCACUGCGGAGGAACACCAGUGUUCGCAGUCGUGCUGCAGAUCUGCUGGAGUAUGAGAAGGACCCCUGUGCAAAGUGCCACUUGUGUGCAUCUCGCUGCCAGAAGUUCCUGAUCUCGCGGGUGGGGGAGGACUGGAUCUUCCUCAUUCUGUUGGGGCUGCUCAUGGCGCUGGUCAGCUGGGUCAUGGACUACGCCAUCGCCUUCUGCCAAGAAGCACAGAAGUGGAUGUUGGGUGGACUGGACAGUAACAUGCUUCUGCAGUACAUCGCCUGGGUCGCCUACCCUGUAGUGCUCAUCACUUUCUCAGCAGGAUUCACUCAGAUACUGGCGCCUCAGGCUGUAGGUUCAGGUAUUCCAGAGAUGAAGACGAUACUGAGGGGGGUGGUCCUAAAGGAGUACCUGACAUUUAAGACGUUUGUGGCCAAAGUCAUUGGUCUGACCUGUGCUCUGGGCAGUGGGAUGCCUCUGGGGAAGGAGGGACCCUUCGUUCAUGUUGCCAGCCUGUGCGCCGCUCUCCUGAGCAAAGUUAUGGCUCCUCUUUUCGGUGGGAUUUACAUGGAAGAGCCCUUUGAGGGGAGCAAGAACGAGCUGAGGAACACAGAGAUGCUGUCGGCUGCCUGUGCAGUGGGUGUGGGCUGCUGCUUCGCUGCCCCUAUUGGAGGGGUGCUGUUUAGUAUUGAGGUCACUUCAACGUUUUUUGCAGUGAGGAACUACUGGAGGGGCUUCUUCGCCGCCACCUUCAGUGCCUUCAUAUUCAGAGUGUUGGCAGUGUGGAAUCAGGAGGAAGAGACCAUCACUGCUCUCUUUAAGACCCGUUUCCGUCUUGACUUCCCGUUUGACCUUCAGGAGCUUCCAGCGUUUGCCAUCCUCGGGAUUGCCUGUGGUUUUGGUGGUGCUCUGUUUGUCUACCUGAAUCGCCUGAUUGUGGAGUGCAUGAGGAAACAGAAGACUAUUAACAAGUUCUUGCUGAGGAAUCCUUCUCUUCCUGUCAGGCGCCUGUUGUAUCCCGCACUUGUCACCCUGCUGGUCUCCACUCUCACGUUCCCUCCAGGCUUCGGGCAGUUCAUGGCCGGACAGCUGACGCAGCAAGAGUCUCUGGUCGCGCUAUUCGACAACCGCACGUGGUGCCGCCAGGGCGUGGCAGAGGAAUUCGACUACAUCAGCCACAACCACGCUUGGAAGCACCCACAGGUCAACGUCUUCAUCACACUCAUCCUCUUCAUCAUCAUGAAGUUCUGGAUGUCCGCUGUGGCCACCACCAUGCCUGUCCCAUGUGGAGCCUUCAUGCCAGUUUUUCUUAUUGGUGCAGCAUUUGGCAGACUUGUCGGAGAGAUCAUGGCAGCCAUGUUUCCUGAUGGCAUACAUGCAGUCGGCAACGUGUAUCCCAUAGUCCCCGGCGGUUAUGCUGUCGUUGGUGCUGCAGCGUUGUCUGGAGCAGUCACCCACACUGUAUCCACAGCAGUCAUAGUGUUUGAGCUGACUGGUCAGAUCUCCCACAUCCUGCCUGUGAUGAUCGCUGUGAUCCUGGCCAACGCCGUGGCCCAGGCGCUCCAACCAUCACUGUACGACUCCAUCAUCCGCAUCAAGAAACUCCCUUAUCUGCCUGAACUGGGCAUGGGACAUCACGAGAAGUAUAAUAUCCGUGUGGAGGACAUCAUGGUCAGGGAUGUGCGCUUUAUCACUCUUAACUCUUGCUAUCGGGACCUGCAGGAGAUGCUGCUGACUGGUCAUCUCAAAACACUGGCCCUGGUGGAGUCCAGCGACUCCAUGAUCCUGCUGGGCUCCAUAGAGCGCCUGCAGCUCCAGUCGCUGCUCGCUCUUCAGCUGGGCCACCAGCGGAGACUGGAGUACCUCCGCCAGCUGGCCCAAGACAACGGCACCCACAAUCACCUGCCCAGCCUGACCACCGACAGCACGCCCAGCUCCCCCUCCUCCCACACCAACACCAACGCCUCGUCCAACACCAGCGCUCGCCAAGCGGUCCGCUUCCUGGUGAGCACCCAACAGAUCUCCACAGAGGAGUCUUCCUCCUUCAGCCCAGUGGUUUCCAAUGUUCAACUUCCUCUGAAAUCUGCCUUGAAAACUGUGUCCGCCAUCAGCAACACAGAGACGCCAAAUAGCUCUCAGACCCUCUCCUGUGCUGACCAAGACAAAGAGCUGCUGGAGAGCCCGGCUGGGCCGGCUCCUCCUGAAAAAAGAAAGCCCAAGCCCAAACGAGUGAGGAUCUCCAUGGCGGACUCAACUGAAGUGGACGAUUGCAUGAGCCCAUCAGAUAUAGCAGAGUGGGAGGAGCAACAGCUCGAUGAGCCGGUGGAUUUCAAGAACUGCAAGAUUGAUCCCGCUCCUUUCCAGCUGGUGGAGCAAACAUCUCUGCAUAAGACUCACACCAUCUUCUCUCUGCUGGGUCUGGAUCACGCCUAUGUGACCAGCAUGGGACGUCUGGUUGGAGUGGUCUCUCUCAAAGAGCUGCGUAAGGCCAUCGAGGGCUCAGUGACAGUGACUGGAGUAAAAGUGCGCCCUCCAUUGGCCAGUUUCCGUGACAGUGGGAACACUGCAACUGUGUCCGAGGUAACAGAACUACACAAGCUGUGCAUCCGCCACAGGGGGCUCUCGUUGCCACGGGAACCCAACCACCCUCCUAAUGUGGAGGGACAGCCAGAUCUCCCGUACAAAGAGAUCCCCGUCAACUUCUCGGACCAAACGAAUUUGCAGUUUGAAACCGGCCCCGGUGACGCCUCGAGUCAGUCGUCGGAGUUGGUGCUCCAGGAGAGCCCCUCGUUCACCGAGGACCAAUCAGAGUUUACUUUUGACUGCAGCCCCUCCCACACUGAGGAGUCAGAGCUGGCCUGUGACUAUGACCCCCUCACCUACACUCCUGAGCCGGACGUCACAGAGCAAGAGCUGGGGAGUUCAGCUCUGAACAAGGACCAGUCAGAACCUGUGGGAGAGGGUGGCCCCACCCACACUGAGGAUCGAUCAGAAUGAUCAGAGGGGAUCCAUGCUGUCGCCUCAUGAAUGUUGACGUUUCUUACAUGUGUAGAGGUCACUCUCACCUCCAAGUCCAGCCUAGAUACCUGUGUUUCUAACGUUGUUGUGGCGUGAGUGGACGAGUGAAGGAGAGCAUGUGUGAAUUCUUUUUUUU